CCGCCCCUCCCGGAAAGUAGAUCCGGCCAGGCAGACAAAAGUUUGGGAGAGAAGUUCGGUCUGUGCUGAGUGUGAGAGUGAGGGGGGCGGGGGCCGAGGAGAGUGGGGCGGCAGGGCGAGUGGACGCGUGAACAGACAGACCUUGCGGACGGGACAGCCGCGGCCGUAGGCCCUUCUAGCCCCGCUUAACCCCUGAUGCGCGGGGGGAAGCAGACCCUCUCGCUGGGGGAUGCUGCGGGAUUCCCGGUGCCGGGCAUCCGGGCCGCCCGCUAAACCCGUGUGCCUACCCCGUGCCCCCGGGGAACCGGAGUCCGGCCGCUGGGAAAGAGAAGCGGCCGCAGAGACGCUGCAGGGUGCCGGGCGGGGAGGGGGCUGGAGGCCCCAGGCCCGAGGGCAUGGAGCGGUUAGGGGAGAAAGCCAGUCGCCUGCUGGAGAAGUUAAGACUCUCGGACUCCGGCAGCGCCAAGUUCGGCCGCAGAAAGGGUGAAUCUAGCCGGUCUGGAUCUGAUGGGACCCCCGGGGCGGGCAAGGGGCGUCUGAGUGGGUUGGGGGGACCUAGGAAAUCAGGGCCCCGUGGAGCUACUGGGGGACCUGGGGAUGAGCCGUUGGAGCCAGCCCGGGAGCAGGGCCCCCUGGACGCUGAGCGGAACCCGCGCGGCUCCUUUGAGGCGCAGCGCUACGAAGGCUCCUUUCCUGGGGGGCCGCCUCCCACCCGGGCCUUGCCUCUACCUCAGUCAUUGCCCCCCGACUUUCGGCUGGAGACCACGGCCCCAGCUCUAAGCCCCCGCUCCAGUUUCGCCAGUAGCUCAGCCAGCGAUGCCAGCAAGCCGUCCAGUCCCCGGGGCAGCCUGCUGUUGGACGGGGCGGGGGCCGGUGGAGCCGGAGGUAGCCGACCCUGCAGCAAUCGUACCAGCGGCAUCAGCAUGGGCUACGACCAGCGCCACGGCAGCCCCCUGCCCGCCGGGCCAUGCCUGUUUGGCCCACCCCUGGCUGGGGCUCCGGCGGGCUAUUCCCCUGGAGGGGUGCCGUCCGCCUACCCGGAGCUCCACGCUGCCCUGGACCGACUGUGCGCUCACCGGCCGUCGGGAUUCGGCUGCCAGGAAAGCCGCCACUCGUAUCCCCCGGCCCUAGGCAGCCCCGGGGCUCUAGCCGGGGCCGGAGUGGGAGCGACAGGGCCGUUGGAGAGACGCGGGGCGCAACCCGGACGACACUCGGUGACCGGAUACGGGGACUGCGCCGCGGGCGCCCGAUACCAGGAUGAGCUAACAGCAUUGCUGCGCCUGACGGUGGGCACGGGUGGGCGAGAAGCCGGCACCCGCGGGGAACCCUCGGGGAUUGAGCCGUCGGGUCUCGAGGAGCCGCCGGGUCCGUUCGUUCCAGAGGCCUCCCGGGCCCGGAUGCGGGAACCAGAGGCCAGAGAAGACUACUUCGGCACCUGUAUCAAGUGCAACAAAGGCAUCUAUGGGCAGAGCAACGCCUGCCAGGCCCUGGACAGCCUCUACCACACCCAGUGCUUUGUCUGCUGCUCCUGUGGGCGAACUUUGCGCUGCAAAGCUUUCUAUAGCGUCAAUGGCUCCGUGUACUGUGAGGAAGAUUAUCUGUUUUCAGGGUUUCAGGAGGCAGCUGAGAAGUGCUGUGUCUGUGGUCACUUGAUUUUGGAGAAGAUCCUACAGGCCAUGGGAAAGUCCUAUCACCCAGGCUGCUUCCGAUGCAUCGUUUGCAACAAGUGCCUGGAUGGCAUCCCCUUCACAGUGGACUUCUCCAACCAGGUGUACUGCGUCACUGACUACCACAAAAAUUAUGCUCCUAAGUGUGCGGCCUGUGGCCAACCCAUCCUCCCCUCAGAGGGCUGUGAGGACAUUGUGAGGGUGAUAUCCAUGGACCGGGAUUAUCACUUUGAGUGCUACCACUGUGAGGACUGCCGGAUGCAGCUGAGUGAUGAGGAAGGCUGCUGCUGCUUCCCUCUGGAUGGGCACUUGCUCUGCCACGGCUGUCACAUGCAGCGGCUUAAUGCCCGGCAGCCCCCUGCCAACUAUAUCUGAACUGCAGUCACUACUGCUGCCUUCGCCACCAUUGACAAAUUCCUCUGGCCAGAGGGCCCCUCUGAGGCCAGCCGAGGCAAGAAACGCACUCCCAGACCGGGAAGAAGAGCCCUCUGGGGAAGGCCCCAAGGGCCAGAGACCCAAAGAUAUGACAUUCCAAAUGGAUUGUGGAGAAGGAACCUUCCAAUUGCCACGGUGGGGUGACUGGCUUUCUUUCCAUGUGUGUAGCCUGUGCUGUAGCGUGUACUCAGGCACACACUACAGGCGAGUUCCAGUACUUUAUCUAAAGGUCUGAUUCUGGUCUGUAUCUCCAGUGUCUGAUUAUGCAUAAGUCAAGUGAUGUUCCAGCUUUGGAUUAUAGGAAGAGAGGACAUCAUGAGCACUCCUCACUCUUUUGUACCCCUCAUGUGGGUCAGGUAUGGGGUCAGCAGGUUCUUACUACAGUGUCUUUGUAUCUGGAUGAAGAAAUGGACACUAGACCUUAUUAAUGAGUUUUUUCCUUGGCCACCUUCUCCCUAUAGACUAGGAGCACUGCUCACCCCUCUGCUGGGAAGGGGGACAGCUCUCAGUGGGCCUGUUGCCUGUAUUGCCUAUUUCUCAGGGACUCACGUGGGCCUGGGAAGGCUAGGUGGGUGCCCAUACUUGGUUCCUCUUCUCCUCAGUUGGGGAAGUAAUGAGUGGGUCCUUGAGGGUGGAGGUGCCAGGUGAGACAUGUAAGAAGUGUCAGGCCAACCGUGCUCCGUGCACAUGCCCAGGUAUAGGUGCACUGAGACCUCCAGCCCAAUGUAGACACACAUAGGCACAUUCAUAGACACACUGUCUCACUCCCUUCUUCUCAGGUCACUCUUAUCCAGUUCCCUAAUAGUCACUCACCACUCCAGACCUGCCACCUCUCAGAGGAAUCUAGGAUUAUAACCAAUACAACUCCCAAACUCUGAGGUUCUGGGGAGCCAGAGGGGCAACACACUUUGAUCUGGUUCUAGUCGUUUGGCUGAAAUCGGUUUACCUAAGCUAGAUUCCCUUAAAGCCAAUUCGUGGGAGACUUGUAUGCUUAAAGUUUACUUGUUUUGGGGGGGGGGCAGGGAGGGUGCAAAAAAGGUGGUUUUAUUGAAAGCACGGGAAUAGGACCCAUGGGCAGAAAGAGCUGCCAAAGUUUACUUAAUGACCAGUUUGCCAAAAGCUCAGUCCCUUUGGGGUAUUUUUAUAGCCAUUUAGGUGUUUCGUUGUUAUGUUUUGGGUGUUUUCAAGAUUUACAUCUAUUCAUCCAACAGUACUUCUGAAUUAUUGUCAACAACAUAAAUUUAUCAAAUUUGCAGCACUUUGUAAUGUUGAGAUUGCUUCCUACCUUUAUGGACAUUUUCCUAUGUUAUCUACUUUUCAAACACUUUUCUAAAAAGUUUAAAGUUUCUAGCAAUAAAUAUAAUUGGUAUGGACAUUUUGUGUAUCAUUUUUUUGUGUUUCUUAAUUCAAUAUUCCUUUACAAAUUAGAUGCCUUGGAAAAUGUAAUAGAGCUCAAUAUGAUUUUGAUGCUUUGGCCUAACUUCUACAUUCCUGCUGUUAAAAAUGCCAAUAUAUUCUAAACAAAUGAGCAGGCAUGUGGCAUGUUCAGUUGACUAACAAUUAAAGGUUAUGUGGACAACAACAAUAAAAAGUGAAAGGGUAAAUCUGCUAAAUCCUUUUGAAAUGCUGCAGAUUUGAUAAAUAUUUAUUUUAAACUAAUUGUCUGUAGGUGAAUUGGUUUUUGGCAAAUUAAUCUGAUAAUCUUUAAUCCUUAGUCUUUAUUCCCUGUCACUUAGAGUUUCAUACUAGAAAUGGUUACUCCUAAGAACAGAAAUUCCGCGUUUAGGGGUUAUUCUAAGGUGACCGUGCCAGCCAAGCUGGGGUUGCAGAGGAGAGGCCUGUGCAUGAGGGUGUGAGGGGGAGUAAGAGCUCACAUUCAUACCCCUGACUGCAGAGGGAAUGCACUUUUUUUGGAGGGAUAAAUGUUCUGAUAGAUUACUUGAUCUACAGCUGGGAUUGCUUCUUCUGAAUUAUUAUUAUUAAAUAAGUGAAUACAA